UAUGUUGAUUUGGUUAAGAGUUGUUGGCAUGAGGAUCCUUCAAAAAGACCAACAAUAAAAAUAAUAAAACAGUCUCUUAAUGAGAUUUUAGUGAAUUUGUCUAAAGAAAUUACUCCUAAAGAAAAUACAAAAUUGGUGAUAAAUGAAGUUGAAAUAGAUGUACCAUCAUCUGACACCUCAAAUAUAAGUUCUGAUUAUCAUACAGCUUCUACUUCUACUUAUGGUAGUCAAUUCCAAAGUAAGCACGAAACUCAUGAAAC